CGUUUUACACAGAGGUACGCUUAGUGAUCUCUGUAAAUAAUUCGCAUUUGUUUAGUGCAUUUGGCACUGUUCUUUUGCCAUUGUUCGUGAUUAUAGUUAGGUCUAUAAACCUUCGGACUACUGAACCUUCGGACUAUUGAACAAUCGGACUAUUGAACCUUCGGACCAUUGAACCUUAGCACUAUAGAGUUGUAACUGGACAAAGUGAUCCGCAACUUGCACUCCUCAGUCUUCCACAAACAUGGAGAUUCCUUUACAAACGACGCCUUCGGACGACGUGUUUGAAACGAUUAUCAUCAAACGGCGAGUUUACACCCAACAGGACUUGAACAAUGUCUACAAUGACACAUCAACACCGAAAACCUUGAAAGAACGCAUCAGAAAUACAUGUCGAUGUUCGAAACAGACCGUCUUUAACGGCAUCUUAUCCAUGAUACCUGUUAUCAUGUUUAUCAGGUGGUACAAGUGGAGACAGAACCUGGUCGGUGACAUAAUGGCAGGUCUCUCAGUUGCCUUCAUGCACCUACCGCAAGGUAUCGCAUUCGGCAUCCUCGCAUCUCUUACACCCGUUUAUGGGUUGUACAGCACGUUCUUUGGAAUUGUCUUUUACGCAAUCUUUGGCACGUCUCGGCAUGUUUCUUUUGGAACGAACGCUGUAUUAGCUCUUCUCACUGCCACUAUAGUGGAAAGGGAGAAGGAUUUAAAAUAUGGUGAUGUAGACAUAUCUUCAAACACAAGUGUGGUUGACCCAACUUUGCAAAAUGAAAUACUAGAGUACAAAGUUGGUAUUGCAAUGGCUGCCGCUUUUAUGGCUGGGAUCAUUCUGCUUGUAAUGGGUUUACUGCGAUUAGGGUUUAUUACCAGCUAUCUAGCCGUCUCUUUUGUUGGUGGGUUUACAACGGCAGCAGCAUUUCAUAUCGCAACCAGUCAAGUCAGCAAAUUAUUUGGCGUCAAAGUCGGAAAGCACUCUGGAGCUGGCAAAAUCGUUCUCGUGUAUUGGGACAUAAUUCAAAACCUUGGAGACACAAAUGUUGCGGAUCUCAUUGUUGGCUUGAUAAGCAUUGCGAUCUUAUUAGCGGUGAAGGUUGGAAUCAACGAACGUUAUGGCAAAAAACUGAAAAUGCCUAUACCUAUUGAUUUGAUACUUGUUAUCAUAACAACAAUAAUUUCAUAUUUUGCAGAGUUCCAAAGCCGUUUCAAUAUUCACGUAGUCGGGGAUAUUCCGUCUGGGAUGCCUAUGCCACGUGUACCAAAUUUAAGCGUCUUGGGUAGAAUAGGUCAGGACAGCUUCGUAAUAGCUAUACUGGCUUUUGCUAUGACAAUAUCCAUGGCAAAGCUUUGUGCCGCUUUGCAUGACUAUGAAAUAGACAGCAACCAAGAAUUGGUGGCCUACGGAACAACCAACCUGCUCGCGUCAUUUUUUCAGUGUUUUCCAAUGUGUGUUGCGCCACCAAGAACCAUGAUCCUAAGUUCACUUGGGGCCAAAACAACUCUUAAUGCUGUUACAUCUGCCAUCUUUAUUCUGGUAGUGUUGCUCGUGGCGGGUCAACUCUUUGUCUCUCUUCCGAUACCAGUCCUAGCAGCAAUGAUUAUAGUGGCCAUGAAGAAUUUACUACUUCAAGCCAGACAACUCCCUAAUCUUUGGAGGGUCAGCAAAGCAGAUUUUGUAAUUUGGCUGACAACAGCAUUGGUGUCGAUCCUAGUUGAUCUUGAUAUCGGCCUUAUCGCGGGAGUGGGAACGUCCAUCUUUACCAUUAUCGUCCAGAGUCAGUUUUCGACUGGGCAGCUGGUUGGAAUAUCAGAGCAGGAAGACAUUUACCUUGACCUCAAGGGUCACAAGAAUAUCAAAAAACUGAAAGGAAUAAAAAUAUUCUACUUUAACACGACGCUCUUUUUUGCCAGUGCAGAGAAAUUUAAAUCUCAGCUUUACAGGAAAACGUUUAACCCAUUAACUGUAGUGGCGAGUCGGAGUAUUAAAGUUGGGGAGCCGGAGGACAACGAACUGUCAAACGAUGUCAACGAAAAUGAAAAUGGACUACAUCACAUCAUUAUAGACUGUUCAGCAAUGACCUACAUUGACAUGGCUGGCGUAAAUGUCCUCAAGAUGGUCAUUAAGCAAUUCAAGGCAGCUGGGACAGAACUAUUUCUAGCAAACUGUUGCCGCUAUAUGUUGAAGGUGUUGGACAGGGCUCAGGUAUAUGACAUCCUGCCAAAAGAUCAUGUUUUCUUCAGUGUACAUGAUGCUGUGACCAAAGCUGCAGGAGGUGGAUCAUUUCCGGCGAAACUAUAACAUGGGGUUCAGUGGCGUAGGAAGGUGCCAAAAGGUGGAGGGACACACUUUUAUAUUUACACACUUUUACACUAUUAUAAAGAAAAUAUAAAGCAAAAUGUCUGCCUUGUGCCUACAAAACAUUCUUGGAACAUGACUAAAAAAUAUUUUUUGUUUACGAAUUAAUGGACACGCCACAUAUUCACUAUUCUAUGUCUAUAUUGUAUAUAUACUAUUUGCAUGUCUCGAACAAUUUUUUUCUUCUUCAAAUUGUGCUUAGGGACUGCGGAAGAGGUGAGGGCCGAUAGGUCCAUGGUCUCCUCUUUCAUCCUGUUAUUGUGCUCAAAAGUCUGGAGAUGCCAUAGGCCUACUGUUAACAUCUUAUAUUUAAACUUAUUCCGGGUGAGCAUGCCUCCAAACCCCCACCAACAGGUUCGGGCCCUCAAAUACAUGCUCUCUCUCUCUCACAGAGAGCACAGCACAGCACAGCACACUACUAGUACCCCCACCCCAUCCCCACUUUCAAAUACACUCCGCUGGCCCUGUACAUAAUUUAAAAGUGUGUUGUUUCUAAAACACUUUCUUUUGUAAAAUUAUUUAUUAAAAUAAAUUAAUUAAUUAAUUAAUUAAUAAUCAACAACAAGAUACAUGAUCAAUGCCAUGGGGGGAGGGGUAGGACGAACCCACCAACACCCGCACCUCACCUCACCAAAAAGCAGUGAACAAAACACACAACAAAUUGCCACACAGCAUACAUAAAGGAAGAAAAUAUAAUAUUUCAACUAGAUUUUAUUCAAAUAAUAUUUUAAUUUGUUAAAAAAUCCACACACCGAGAAUGGAUAGAUUUUUGGCAAUGAAUUCAUACAAACGCCUCGUUUCUCAGCGAUUCACUGUUUAUUUUUUGUUGUAUUUUGUCAUAUAAUUGAUCCGUUAUGCAGUCCAGACAUUCUUUGUGCAAUGCCUCAUCGUCUGAAAAAAAUAUGACCACUUUUCCUGUUCGUACAGUGGUGGACAAAGUAAUUUUGUACGACCAGUGGCUUCAAAUCACACUACCGAACAGCUGUUUAAAGCGAUACUAUAGGGUGUACAGUAACGACGCGACCUCUAAGGGGGAGAUAGUUUCUGGGCGUUCGCCAUACAAAAAUUUAUUAAAGAAGUUGAACCCAUUUAAAAAAAAAACAUUUAGCUGCAAACUUAAACCAAAGGCGGACCUAAAUUUUGCGACAGUUAUAAUUUUAUUAUGUACUACUUUUCAUCCCCCUUCAAACCUCGCGCAAAGUUCCCUUGGCAUUCCGCCUCAUGUCAUUAAGGCCCCCCGAAUGGAUUUCUGGAUCCGGCACUGCAAAUGCACAUAGAAUGAUUGUUGGUAUUAAAUACAAAAAUAACAACUUUG